AUGCGAUGGCGAGAACUGCUCGUGUUUGGCGAAGCCUCUCGUCACAUUGAAUGUGGGGAUGAAUCUUCUUCAUUUAAAGUGGCAUCUUUAGCUUUAUGUGCUUGGAAAUUGUCAGAUCCAGCUGCCUCCGUAGUUUUUAAAAUGCGCGAAAAAAAACUGUUUGGUCCGGCAAACACUAUGAAAUAUUGCAUUACAUGGGUGCAUACAAGUAUGCCCUAUAUGAUCUGGUACUUAACCCGCUAA